UUACUUUGUUUCCAUUCCAUUCCCUUUCGCUCCAUCCAUCAAUUUCAUCGUCAUCAUCGCCAUCCUCAACACUCAUCUCUUUCUCUUUUCGUGUUUUUUAUCAUCGCUCUCGCAACUGUUGACCGAUUUUUUUUUUCUUUUCCGAUUCCAAAAAAAAAAAGAAAAAAGAAAAUCAAAAUCAUUUUCGUUUUUUUGAUCUCCGAAAGUGAUUUUCUUUUUCGAUCUUCGAAAACAGCUUUUGCAAUUUCAUAAGGCUGUUUAUCGACAGAUCUAUAUCAUAAUCGUUCAUACACUUUUAUUUUUUAUAGGGUUUAUUGUUUUUCAAAAAUACUGGAGGAAGUAGGAAAUCUUCAAGGUUUCUUUAUAGGCGAUUUCUGGUGUGAUCUUAUGGCUGCUAAACCACAAUUGGAGAAACCUAUAGAAGAAGCAAAGAAUCUUAAAGUCGAUACUUCUUCUAAACUUGGUGGUCCUAAACGAGCUCCACCCAAGGAUAGAAGUUCAUCUGAUGCACGAUCAUGCAUCUCAUCCUCUGGAGAUGCAACUAGUAGCCUGAAGGAAGGCGAUAUUGAUCAAGAGUCUUUGAUGGCUGAACAGGGCUUUUAUUAUCCUGCUAACAGCUAUUAUGGGUAUUGUUAUCCAGGUUAUGAUGGGUCAGUUGGAGAAUUGGAAGAUCAGGGAUGCUACCUUAGCAGUGAUGGCCUGGAGAUUCCAUAUCCAGCCAUGCAAGCAGAUAAUGGAUCUCUUAUGUACUAUAUGCAAGGAUAUCAACCUGGGUAUGUUCCUUACAGCUCAUACUUACCUGGAGCUACAUAUGGCGUUGAUGGACAGUAUUUGGGUCAACAGCAAUUUGUCCUGAGCCCUAUGUCCACACAGCCUCUUGCCUCCCCUGGAUAUUUCCCGUCUCCACUUCCUUAUGGAUCAGAGAUGCUUCCAUCAUAUGUUUGGGAUCCAUCUCUUAUGGCCACUGAAGCAGUUCACGUAGAUGGCUAUAGUGGGGUUACAACAACUUCUGGAACUAAGCAAACUUUCUCUGCCCCAAAUCAUACCCCUCCCCCUAUAAAAUCAACAACAUCUGCAAAAUCUAGUAAUACUGGAGCCAAAGGAUCUUUGCCGGCAGUAGAUGUCUCAACAGGGCCAGGGUUUCUUAACGAAGCAAAACCAGUGAAUAAGGUAUCACACCAUGGUGCUGAUUUUCAGUUAGCUGGUGUUCUUGCCAAGGGUUAUUUUCCAUUGACAAAGUUUCCCUCUUCUAAUCAAGGGAAAGGUGGUUUGCUUUAUCCCAGCAGCCCUGUUACUUAUAAAGCAAAUGCAAAAGGAUGGGGUGGUGCUGACAAGUACAAGACCAAGGUCAAGGCCAAUGGAGUUGGUGAAUUUGAGUUGCAUAACGAACAGAAUCGUGGUCCUCGAACGACCAACACAAAAGUUGUUUUGCCAUCUGGAGUUGACUCAACAGCGUCCUUGGUGUCCGAAGUUACUGACAAAAAUGAGAGCUCUACAUCUGUUAUUCGGAGGGAGGACUAUAACCUCUCCGAAUUCUCAACUAAAUACGAUGACGCAGUGUUCUUUGUCAUAAAAUCUUAUAGUGAGGAUGAUAUACACAAGAGUAUCAAAUACAACGUUUGGGCUAGUACUCCCAAUGGAAACAAAAGGCUUGAUAGUGCAUACCAGGAUGCACAAGAGAGAAUGGGCGCGAAGAAGAGCAGUUGUCCGGUGUUUCUUUUCUUUUCGGUUAAUGCUAGCGGACAGUUCUGUGGAGUAGCUGAGAUGGUUGGCCCGGUAGAUUUUAACAAAAAUAUGGAUUUUUGGCAGCAAGACAAGUGGAAUGGCUUUUUUCCUGUCAAGUGGCACAUUAUUAAAGAUGUUCCAAAUCCUCAUUUUAGGCAUAUAAUUCUUGAGAAUAAUGAUAACAAACCUGUAACAAACAGCAGGGAUACACAGGAGGUGAGGUUUCCUCAAGGUACUGAAAUGUUGAAUAUAUUCAAAAGCUAUACAUCAAAAACAUCCAUAUUGGAUGACUUCACUUUCUAUGAGAGCCGACAGAAGGCAAUGCAAGAGAAGAGGAUAAGACCCUCUACACCAUAUCAGGGUCUACUACAGAAACCAGAGGAAGUCAUUGAUGUGACAGCUAGUCUGAAGUCGAUUAAAUUGACUGGUUCUGACUGUGAAGAAGUUCGAGCUGGGGAUGAUAAGGUGAAGGAAUGACGAAGAGAAGCUUGGGGCAAAUAGAACAUAUAGCCAUGGGUACAGCUCGCAGAAUUUGCAUGGUGAUUGAUUUUACGUUAAAGCCGAGGCUACCAGGAUGAAAAAA